CUCACUGAAAAUCCUGGUGAAUCAUUCCUCUCAGCCACCUGUUAGGCCAACAAGAGCAAUGGCCCCACUCCAGAACAUUGCGGUGGCACUAACCCUUCUCAUCGUCAUGGUGGAAAUCGCAUCAUUACCAAUGCUUGCAAGCGCCACCAUCACCAAGUCCGAGGAGGCCGCGUUGGAUGAGCUAACACCCAUCAUCAAGACGGCCCUAGACGGGGUCCUCGCCGCCGCCCCACCAUCCGAAAGGAUCAAAGUAGCCGGGGCUGUUGCAAAGCAGGAACUCCUCGCUAUGGACACGAUGAAGAAGGCCAAGGGAGACAAGGCGAAAUUUGAUACACAUCUAUUGGCCUACAAGAUAGCCGCUAAGAUAGUUACUGCCGCAGCACCCGCUGAGAAGUUCAAGAAGAUGGAGGAUAGCUUCACGGAGGCUAGCCGGCCAAUUCCGUAAGUUGCAUCUCAUUAAUAUUUAGACGCAUGCACAACACCAUCGUCUGCGCCAAAUAACAUACCCCCUCCUGCCACACACACCAAAUUAUAUUCUAUUGUUUCUCGUAAUUUCAUUGUCACGAAUGCACAUUGUACGUGCACUAGUUUUUGUUUCAUUUUUAUUUGUUUCUUUUGGUGACUUUAUUUCGCCUGAUCGAGCACUUGUAACAAUCCAGAUAUAGGGAACCUCAUGGUCCCAUCACGAUAUGUUU